GAAGGACGCUGUGGCCGGGCCGGAGGAAGUGCGCCGGGUCUCGACGGUCGCUGCGCACCCCCGGCGCGUGGGGCCGCCAGGAGAGCCCGAGAUGCUGCUGCGCUGGAAGCCCGCGCUGCCGCUGCGGCUGCUGCUGCUCCUGGGGCCGCUGUGUCCCUGCUCCCCGGGCGCCCUGGCGGAACUCGCGCCAGCUGAGGACGUCGUGGUGCUGGUUUUCUCCACCGAGCGGCCAGUGCAUCUGGUGAGUCCCGCGUUCCUGUCCUUCACCAUCGACGCCAAUCUGGCCACGGACCCGCGGUUCCUCACCUUCCUGGGUUCUUCAAAGCUUCGUACUUUGGCCAGAGGUUUGUCUCCCGCAUACCUGAGAUUUGGUGGCACGAAGACGGACUUUCUCAUUUUUGAUCCCAAGAAGGAACCAACCUUUGAAGAGAGAAGUUACUGGCAAUCUCAAGUCAACCAGGAUAUUUGCGAAUCUGGAUCCGUCCCCUCUGAUGUGGAGAGGAGGUUGAAGUUGGAAUGGCCCUUCCAGGAGCAAUUGCUACUCAGAGAACAGUAUCAGAAAAAAUUCAAGAACAGUACCUACUCAAGAAGCUCGGUGGAUAUGCUGUAUACUUUUGCCAGUUGCUCAGGACUGGACCUGAUCUUUGGUCUAAAUGCAUUACUACGAACUGCAGAUUUGCACUGGAACAGUUCCAAUGCUCAGUUACUCCUGGACUACUGCUCUUCCAAGAGUUAUAACAUUUCCUGGGAACUAGGCAAUGAACCUAACAGUUUCCGGAAGAAGGCUGGUAUUUUCAUCGAUGGGUUGCAGUUAGGAGAAGAUUUUAUGGAGUUGCAUAAACUUCUAGGAAAAUCUGCUUUCAAAAAUGCAAAACUCUAUGGUCCUGAUGUUGGCCAGCCUCGAGGAAAGACUGUUAAGAUGCUAAAGAGUUUCCUGAAAGCUGGGGGAGAAGUGAUUGAUUCAGUUACAUGGCAUCACUACUACUUGAAUGGGCGAAUUGCUACCAAAGAAGAUUUUCUAAACCCUGAUGUACUGGACACUUUUAUUUCAUCUGUGCAAAAAAUUUUCCAGGCUGUUGAGGAGACCAGACGCCACAAGAAGGUUUGGUUAGGAGAGACCAGCUCUGCGUAUGGGGGUGGAGCGCCCUUGCUGUCCAACACCUUUGCUGCUGGCUUUAUGUGGCUGGAUAAAUUGGGCCUGUCGGCCAGAAUGGGCAUAGAAGUGGUGAUGAGGCAAGUGUUCUUCGGAGCUGGAAACUACCACUUAGUGGAUGAAAAUUUUGAACCUUUGCCUGAUUAUUGGCUCUCUCUUCUGUUCAAGAAACUGGUGGGCACCAAUGUGCUAAUGGCAAGUGUGAAAGGUCCAGACAGAAACAAACUUCGAGUGUAUCUUCAUUGCACAAACAUCAACCACCCAAGGUAUAAAGAAGGAGAUUUAACUCUGUAUGCCUUAAACCUCCAUAAUGUCACCAAGCGCUUGCGGUUACCACAUCACUUAUUUGACAAGCAAGUGGACAAAUACCUCAUAAAACCUUCAGGACCCAAUGGCUUAUUUUCCAAAUCUGUCCAGCUCAAUGGUCAAACUCUGAAGAUGGUGGAUGACCAAACCCUGCCAGCUUUGACAGAAAAACCUCUCCGCCCAGGAAGUUCACUGGGCCUGCCAGCUCUCUCAUACGGAUUUUUUGUGAUAAGAAAUGCCAAAGUUGCUGCUUGCAUCUGAAAAUGAAAGACAUAUACUAGCCCAGAGACUGAA